CAACCAUCUACAAGUAAACUUUUGACUCUGCUACAUUUAAACGGGAUUGCGUAUUUCACAUUUAAGAUCAUUUAUCGUCACUUAUUCCUAGAAUAUAUAAAAAGCGGCGUCGACCAGCAGCUCAGUAUUUUUCUAUCUUCUAGAUCGUGAGGAUCUAACAAGCUCUAACGUUUGUUUUACAACAGAUAAAUAAGCACAAUGUCAGCAGCUCGUUUCAUGUUUGUUCUGUUUGUUGUGGUUGCCGUUGCAAUAUUGGACGUUAGCAGUGCCGCUUACAGAAAGCCACCUUUCAAUGGAAGUAUCUUCGGCAAACGUGCAAACACCAUCACAGAUUAUGAUGUGGCCAGCCGUGCAAUGGACGCUAUUUGUGAAAUAGCAAGGGACAACUGCAAUGCAUGGUAUUCUCAUCAGGACUCCAAUUGAGAUGAAGAGAAUCAGAAACUUGCUUUGUUAUGGACUGCCACAAAUAAGUUAAAAUCGCUGCACCAACGAAAGCUCGAGCUUUUUAAUAAUUUAUAAAAAGAAAUGCAAUCUAAAUGACAAUGUUUAUAUAAGCUUACAUGACUUCUAUGAUUUUUCACAAUGUACACUUUAUAUUAUUUUACUUCAAUAAAUAUAUAGAU